CCAUGGCGGCCCCCCGGCGCUCCCGCUCCCUGCGGGACAGCGGGACCCCGGCCGCGGCGGCCGCCAAGCCCAGCCCCCGGCCCCGCGGGGCGGGCGAGCCCGAGCUCGACUCCGAUCUCGAUGGCGAUUCCGAGCUGGAGUGCAGCUCGUGGCUCAGCGCGGAGAGCGAUGAGGAGCAGGGCGCGGCCUGGCCCGAGCAGCCCGGGGAGCCCUCGGCGGCGGCCUUGCUGCUGGAGCGGUGCGUGGCGACGGGAGCCGUGCGGCAGGAGACCUUGGAUUUAACUUGCAGAAGAAUGUCAUGUUUUCCGAAAUUCUCAGAGAUGGAAAAAAUUGUAAACAUGGAAGCUGAAAUCAACGAGAUAAAAUUGAAAAUAGAAAUGAUGCAGUUGGAAAAUGAGACAGCAGACAUUACUCACCCUUUUUACUUAGGGAAAAAGUGCGAGAUUUUGCAAGACAUGAACAGGCACUUGGAAGCCAUUCUGAAAGAGAAGAGGGACCUCAGAAAGAGGUUGAUCAAACACAGAUGUGAAGAAAGCCUGCCUAUUGAAGCUACUUUUCACAAGUGUAUAGUAGAGUUGUUGGCUGAGGCUGUGACUUUCAUUGAGAAGCUUGAAAGCCAUUUGCAGUCUGUGAGAAGCAUCCCUCAGGUACCACACAUGAUGAGCAAUAUGGACACCACUUUGUCAAAAACGAAAGUGCUCAUGAUAGAGUUGGAGGAGCUGACAGAGCAAAUACUGAAAUGGGAAGAACUGCAAAAGGAAGUAUAUUCUAACAAUGUCUGCAAUACUGCUGACUUGGACUUUGGCUUAUCUUUAGCCUAACAAAUUUUCCUCAAGUAGGACGACUACUCAAAGAACUACAUUCUUACAGUCUUCUGUGAAAACUGCAACAGAGAUGUCUUUUAAUCCAACAGAGACUUCAUAGGUAGUUAUAUUUCUGUUAUUAAGUUACAGUUCUCCAACUAUUUACUAAAAAAAAGGACAAUGAGCAGUAGUUCAUAGGAAGACAGAGUAUUGAGAAGUUCCUUUUUGAAAUAGUUGGAUAAGAGUCCCUUGGAGCCUGUAUCUUCAAUGGAAAAUUGUUUUGAUAUUUUUUUUGCACUUGCUAUAGUAUCUUUAUUAAUUUUUGUAAGCAUCUUGAUAAAACACUGUAUUUUGUAUGUUGCCAUAAAACUUUAAUAAAAGUACUAGAUUUCAAAA